GAAGAUAAAAAACUUCCGGUUUUGAAAAUGACGGACCUUCCAGGUCUAUUGUGCUCCUUUUUCUUUAUUUUGUUGUAUUUUGAUGAUGUAAAAUGUAGUCUGCUGUCAGUUGAAGAAUGCAGGUCAUUGGGGUUUGCACCAAGUUUGGUAUGUUCACAGUGUAAAGAGUUGGACCAGUUUAAUCUGUCUCAGUUAACAGAAUCAUGUACCAAUUGUUGCCAGAAGGAUGAAAGUGACAGUAAUACAUUAAAAGUACAUCCAUAUGCAGAACUCCAUAUCUGUGGAUGAAAAUUGGGGCGGUACCCACAAGUGCAAGCAUUUGUGAAGAGUGACCGCCCAAAUCAGUUCCCUGGCUUAACAAUCCGUUAUAUCAGAGGAGCAGAUCCCAUGAUAAAACUCCUAGAUGAGAGUAAAAAUGUUGUGGAGACCCUAGGUAUAGAAAAAUGGGAUACAGAUACUGUAGAAGCUUUUUUCAAAGAAAGAUUAAAGGAUUAAUAUGUUAGCAUGAUGUGUAUUAAGGGUUGAAUCUGUGACAGUAUGAGAGAUGGUGUGAAAAUUUGUAAUAGUUUAUGUAUAUUUUGUUAAUGUAUUGUUCAUUCCAAAUAUGUCAAAAAAUCAUUUGUAUCUUUCAGUAUCUGUUUUCAUCAGCAUUCUUGGAAAAAAAAUUUUUUACAGUACACUCAGCAUUAUUUGCAGAAAUGAAAAAGUUUUAUAAGUUUAAAAUUAUUGAAGUGAGAUUUUGUGGCAUGAAUUAAUACAACAUAUUUUUUUCUAUUCAUUUAAUCUCUAACCUACACCUUACAACUUACAGUAAAAGUAAUGAAACAAAAUCAUACCACACAUGCCAUUUUAAUCUAACCACCAGAGUUUUAAUUUCAAUUAGAGGGAAUGAAUGACCAUGACAAUGUUGAAAAACUCAACAGUUUCAGUUCACACUUUCAGUGCAAUAAUUCAAAUACAUAAAUCAAAAAAUAAAAUGGCAACAAAAUAUGCUUAUAUAGCCAUACACCUGAAUUCAGUUGAGUAUGUAUUUUAUCAGGACCAU